CUGGGCUGGGUGCUGCACACCACGGAGAGAGAGUGGGCAGGGCAGCCUUCCUGACGGCAGCUUGCUGGUGUCCUCCUCAGCUUGGGAUGAAAUGCGUCUGCCAGGGCUUGGGUAUACAGCAGGCACACCGGUCUGGUGAAGUUCAGGGGCGCGUAAUCUGCAGGAGGCAGCGGCAGCGAUGCCGGACCCCGCGGCACACCUGCCCUUCUUCUACGGAAGCAUCUCGCGCGCAGAGGCCGAGGAUCACUUGAAGCUGGCGGGUAUGGCCGACGGCCUCUUUCUUCUGCGCCAGUGCCUGCGCUCGCUGGGGGGCUACGUGCUCUCCCUGGUGCACGACUUGCGUUUCCACCACUUCUCCAUCGAGCGCCAGCUCAACGGCACCUACGCCAUCGCCGGCGGAAAGGCGCACUGCGGACCCGCUGAACUCUGCGAGUUCUACUCGCGGGACCCAGACGGUCUGCCCUGCAACUUGCGCAAGCCGUGCAACCGGCCGUCGGGGCUGGAGCCGCAGCCCGGGGUUUUCGACUGCCUGCGCGACGCCAUGGUGCGAGACUACGUGCGCCAGACGUGGAAGCUGGAGGGUGAGGCCUUGGAGCAGGCCAUCAUCAGCCAGGCGCCCCAAGUGGAGAAGCUCAUUGCCACCACAGCUCACGAGCGGAUGCCCUGGUACCACAGCAGCCUGACGCGGGAAGAGGCCGAGCGCAAACUCUAUUCAGGCUCGCAGACCGACGGCAAGUUCCUGCUGAGGCCCCGGAAAGAGCAAGGCACGUACGCAUUGUCUCUGAUCUAUGGGAAAACUGUGUACCACUACCUCGUUAGCCAGGACAAGGCCGGCAAAUACUGCAUACCGGAGGGCACCAAGUUUGAUACACUCUGGCAGCUGGUAGAGUACCUGAAACUGAAGGCCGAUGGGCUCAUCUACUGUCUGAAGGAGGCCUGCCCCAACACCAGCGCCAGUGCAGGGGCCGCUGCUCCCACACUUCCAGCCCACCCAUCCACGUUCGGCCCUAGCCGGAACGACAACCUCAACUCGAAUGGAUACACCCCUGAGCCAGCACUCCUAGUACCCUCAGAGAAACCACGGCCAAUGCCUAUGGACACAAGCGUGUAUGAGAGCCCCUACAGUGAUCCCGAAGAGCUCAAGGACAAGAAGCUCUUCCUGAAGCGUGAGAACCUCCUCAUGGCUGACAUUGAACUUGGUUGCGGCAACUUUGGCUCAGUGCGCCAGGGCGUCUACCGUAUGCGCAAGAAGCAGAUUGACGUGGCUGUCAAGGUGUUGAAGCACAGUACAGAGAAGGCGGACAAGGACGAGAUGAUGCGUGAGGCACAGAUCAUGCACCAGCUGGACAACCCCUACAUCGUGCGGCUCAUCGGCGUCUGCCAGGCUGAGGCCCUCAUGCUUGUGAUGGAGAUGGCGGGUGGAGGGCCCCUGCACAAGUGCCUGGUCGGGAAGAAGGAGGAGAUUCCCGUCAGCAAUGUGGCGGAGCUGCUGCACCAGGUGUCCAUGGGGAUGAAGUACCUAGAAGAGAAGAAUUUUGUACACCGUGACCUGGCAGCCCGCAACGUCCUGCUGGUCAACCGGCACUACGCCAAGAUCAGUGACUUUGGCCUCUCCAAGGCACUGGGUGCUGAUGAUAGCUACUAUACAGCCCGCUCAGCAGGGAAGUGGCCACUCAAGUGGUAUGCACCUGAAUGCAUCAACUUCCGAAAAUUCUCCAGUCGAAGCGACGUCUGGAGCUAUGGGGUCACUAUGUGGGAGGCCUUCUCCUAUGGCCAGAAGCCCUACAAGAAGAUGAAGGGCCCCGAGGUCAUGGCCUUCAUCGAGCAGGGCAAGCGGAUGGAGUGCCCGGCAGAGUGUCCGCCUGAAAUGUAUGCACUUAUGAACGACUGCUGGAUCUACAAGUGGGAGGAUCGUCCAGAUUUCCUGGCUGUGGAACAGCGCAUGCGGACAUACUACUACAGCUUGGCGAGCAAGGCUGAGGGCCCCCCAGAGUGUGGGAAGGGGGCCGAGGCCGCCUGUGCCUGAGCACCAGCCUGCCCAGGGCCCCUACACCCCAGCCCCAGCUUUUCCUCAGGGCCUUCAGUCCCAUCCCAGGCCCUCCAGUCUGGCUGGGCCAGCCCAGUUCCUCUCCUGGCCAGCUGGGCGGUGAAGGGAAUAGCUGAGGCCUCAGGCCCACACGGGUCUAGCAUUCCAUACCUGGUCACCUGAUCUUUCUGGAUGGGGAGGAGGAAAGCCCCAGGGAGGGGGCACUGUGUAGCCUGGUCCUGGGCUGGUAUGUACUGGGGUGCCCUGAGCUGAGGGCUGUUGCUUACAACAAAGAUCCUCUUUCCUCUGGCCCUGAAGGGGAAGACUCUGGGAGUUCAGGUGGCAAAUCCCAGUCAUUGGAAUAAAUUCAGCUUCUCUCUUC